CUCAGAUCACCUACUCGUGAUAAUACAUUAAACGAUAUUUUUAAUUAAUAGAAAUCAACAGUUUUCAUGAAAAUUUGAGUAAUAAUUUAGUAUUGUCAUAGUUCGUAGUUAGAAAGUAGGAACAAGGAAAAGCAAUAAUCACCACGAGAGGCGUGUUGUGGUUCAUGCUGAUCGCUAUAGCAGAUUGUCAAAUAGAGGAUGUAGCUCCAGAUAUGACAGUAGAGUUCAGACCUCUACGGCCAAAAGGAUUACAGGCAUUUAUAACAGCGGAUCGAAAAGUUGCUGAGUUUGUAUUUUUUGAUGGAGAAAUUUAUCAAACUGACAAAUCCACCAAAAUUGUUAGUUCGAUGUUUGGCGCCGCAGUAAGACAAUACAAAGGGAUCGACAACAAAUGUCUGUAUGAAAAUUACGAUGUAGUAUUGGAAGUAGGAAUGAUAAUCCAAUAUCGUGUUUAUAUACCUAACGUAUUUCAUGAUUUAAAUGUUAAAAACGAGCAAGCAACCCUAUCAUUCAAUACAGUUAUAUCUGAUUACAGCACUUUUGAUAUCACGGAACUGUUUGACCGUUUACCUUUUCCUUCUCCUGGCCACUUUUGCAAGGAAACUGUCACCAAAGUCGUUGGCAAGCAAGUGUGCGCUGGUGACGUCAUUUUUGAAGACAAUUUCGACACAUUUCGGACAGACCUGUGGCAGAUUGAGCAGUAUAUACCCACAGACCACCCUGAGAAUCCAUUUGUGUCAUAUCAAAGUCUUACGGCAGAUCCAAAUGUGUUCGUAAGAAAUGGAAGCUUGCACAUUGUACCGAAACUUCAGGAAGACUUCUUGGAGAUAAAUCAGUCAAUAGAAACUGGAUCUCUUGAUUUAGGAGAUGGAUGUACAAGAAGACAGUGCUCAAAAACGGCUUUUGGGCCGGAUAUAUUACCACCGAUAGUGAGCGGCCAAGUAACCAGCUUGCCCUUCGCAUUCACCUACGGGAUUGUUACCAUAAGAGCCAAGCUACCUCGAGGAGAUUGGCUCUAUCCAGAAUUUCUCCUUGAGCCUUUAACAAAAAAAUACGUCGGCGAUAAGGAAUUAGCGAGUGUGUUAAAGAUCAUCGAGAUUAUUACAAGCAUUCAGUUUAUCAGGAAUAGCAACGCUUGUUAUGAGAGUCGCGAUGACCUGAUCAGACGAAUCAUGCGUGAUGAGCAUUGGAGAGAAGAGUUUCACGAAUACGAGCUGAGGUGGACGCCAGAUGAAAUUGAACUUAUUAUGGAUAAUGAUCUCUAUUUACGAAGUACUAUGAGGACGUUAAAACAAUGCUUAAAGGACUUUGGCUUCGUCCCUAGUUUCAACGAAUACCGCCAGCUGUCAUUCAGUGUGGCUGCCGGGGGUACUGUCGAGUUCCCUGACUCCAUCGUCACAGACGCCGGAUACGUCAAGCCUUGGCGCAACACUGACGCCAAAGCCAGCCUCAAGUUCUGGCGAAACAAAGACGAAUGGUUGCCGACUUGGACUGCGCCGAGCCUGGAGAUUGACUACGUUAAAGUUGUAGCUUUAUAAACGUGUUACGAUUUUAAAUAAAUUUUAUCAUUUAAUUUUUUUUUAACCAUGUUAUCUAUUAACUACUCGUAAGUAGUUUAAAAUUAAAAGGCUUUUAGAGUAUAAGGCUAGAAAAGAAUAAUAACUUAAG